AUGGGAAAUACGGAGAGCGGUGUGACCAGCGGGGAGAAGGCUCAGGCUGGCACCUCCACGCAGAAGCUCUACAAGCUGGUCGACCUCAAAGGUGGCGGACUGCUCGUGGACAUGAUGAAGCGCGCCAUCCAGACAAAGCAGUACGCGGAGCUGGACCACGCCAUAAAGACCAAGGUGGAGCCUUUCCUAUACAACAAGGGCAAGGGGAAACUCUUCCCCAUUUCGCACGUCGUCCUGCUGCGUAACAAGGAACGCCCACGUCACAAACUGUUACCACCACUUCGUUCACUGGAGAACCCAGACGAUUUUGACAUCGAUGAUCUGCCAAUUCCUGACGAGAGUAAGCUAGACCCCAGCAAGUGCCGCGAGGUGUGCUGGGACCUGAAGGAGCGCGGCGCGGUGGGGGAGACAGUGCUGCACCUCUGUCUGCUCAACGCCACCUCCACCCACGCCGAGCUGGCCAAGCGCCUCCUGCGCUUCUACCCCAAGCUCGUCAACGACAUCUACAUGGGCGACCAGUACUACGGUGAAAGUGUGCUGCACAUAGCGAUCGUGAACGAGGACCCGGCCAUGGUGAAGUUCCUGCUGGACAGUGGCGCCAACGUGCACGAGCGCUGCUUCGGCACGUUCAUGAGCCCCGAGGACCAGAAGGCCCAGCGCUCGGACUCCCUGGACCACGAAUGGGUCAACGUCAACUCGGACACCAACUAUGAAGGCUACGUGUACUGGGGGGAAUACCCGCUGAGCUUCGCUGCCUGCCUGGGACAGGAGGAGUGCUACCGGCUGGUGCUCGCCAAGGGUGCCAACCCAGAUAGCCAAGACACCAACGGAAACACCACGCUGCACAUGCUCGUCAUCCACAAGAAGAUGACCCAGUUCGACAUGGCUUAUGAAGUUGGCUCUUCACUCGACAUUAAGAAUAACCUCAACCUCACACCGCUCACGUUAGCCGCUAAGCUGGCUCGAAUAGAGAUGUUUUUCCAUAUCUUAAACAUAGAAAGAGAGAUCUACUGGCAAAUAGGAAGCAUCACGUGCGCAGCCUACCCGCUCUCGCAGAUCGAUACCAUCGAUAUCGAAACAGGAAACAUCAGCAAGAACUCAGCCUUGAAUCUGGUAGUGUUUGGGGAGAAAGACGACCAUCUAGAGCUGAUGGACGGCGUUUUGGUCGACCUCCUGCACGCUAAGUGGAACGCCUUUGUAAAAUUCAAGUUCUACCGCCAGUUCUUCCUGUUCUGCUUCUACUUCAUGUUCUCGCUGGUGUGCUUCACACUGCGCCCGGGCCCGCCCCCCACCAGCCUCAAGGCGACGGCGAGUCCUGCCAUCAACGCCACCAUCGCCACCAACGCCACUAUCGCCACCAACGCCACCACCACGGUGUCGCCAGCCAACGGGACGACUGCCACCCUCGCCUUUCUCGCCUCCAACGGGUCACUGCACCUGCUCAACCAGUCUCUCGUCAAGAGCGAGAAGAGAUUCCAGCGUCUACCACCAAAGGCAGCUGGAAUUGUCCGUGCAAAUCGAAUCAAUAAAGUUUCUCCUAGGCCAAGUAUGAUUCCAAAGACGACAGACCCAAGUCCGCUGCACAGACAGAAUGGUUCUCGCAGUCGCCAACAUCGCGGGAACGACUACGGCGCAAGUGCAGUAACAAUAGUUUCGCACACUGUCUCGAAAAGAGAAAUUAUUGAAGGCGAUCUGAAUCACACAAGGAUGGAGGAACGUGCCACAUUCGCUACGGUGACGCCAGUCACACCCACCACAACACCACAAACAACGACGAAGAACAGCACGAACAGCAGCGGGGCCGGGGGAGGCGGCGCCGAGGACAAGGAAGAGGAAACAUGGUGGGAGGAGCUGCAGGGCGAGUGCCGGCUGAUGCAGUUCCACAGCCUCGAGGCGAAGGUGCGGCUGGGUGCCGAGCUCGCCAUGCUGGCCGGCUCCUUCCUCUACAUCCUGUCCGCGCUGCGCGAGGCACACUUCCUGGGCCUCAACAUGUUCAUCGAGAACCUCAUGACGGCGCCGUCGCGCGUCAUGUUUCUGUGCUCGUGCCUGUUCAUGUUGGGGAUGCCCUUCCUCCGCCUGUCGUGCCACACGGAGGCCGAAGACGUCGUCGCCGUCUUCAUCAUGCUCACCACCGCUCCCUACUUCCUCUUCUUCUGCAGGGGCUUUAAGACAGUGGGACCCUUCGUGGUAAUGAUCUACAGGAUGGUAAUGGGUGACCUUCUUCGCUUUGUGUCGAUUUACCUCGUUUUUGUCAUGGGAUUCUCUCAAGCGUACUACAUAAUAUUCCUGUCAUUCGACAACCCGAAUACCCCGGAAGGCGUGGACGACUCUGUCACCAACCCAAUGCCCAGCCCAACGGAAUCCAUCAUGGCGAUGUUUCUCAUGUCGCUAACAAAUUUCGGCGAUUACUUCGGAGCAUUCGAGCGCACUGAUCAUGAGCUGGAAGCUAAGCUGCUGUUCGUGAUCUACAUGGCGAUCGUGGCCAUCUUACUGGUGAACAUGCUGAUCGCCAUGAUGGGGAACACGUACCAGAAGAUCGCAGAGACGCGCAAUGAGUGGCAGCGACAGUGGGCGCGCAUCGUGCUGGUCGUGGAGAGAGGAGUCAGUCCGGCGGAGCGGCUCAAGAAGCUCAUGUGGUACUCGCAGCCCAUGUCCGACGGCCGGCGCGCACUCGUACUCAGGCUGCACCAGACGGAGGAAGACAAAGAAGAAAUGAAGGAGAUCCUGGAGAUGAAGCGUACACAUGAUCGCAUGGUUAAAAAACGUCAGCGUGGUAUUCACAAAGGAUUGUCAGCCACUCCCAGCCCAAAGAGGCUCGUCCUUUAGUGUGAUGGGUAGAAAACUCUGCACCAGC